GGUUCAACUGACGGGUUAUACAUUAACCAAAGGAGCUGGGGCAUGCUGUCUCAUUAUCAAAUCUUUCUGUUCUCGUAAUUAUGGCCACUCGCUAGCAUUUAGCAUUAGUAAGUUGGUAAAUGUGUACUUGGUAUGAAUAAUAUUUGAGACUAUAGUGGUACAUAUACAACAUAACAGGACAGGUUUUGUACACAAGGUGCCGUGGCUGAGUAUUGGAGAAGGACAAGACACAGCGUUGUUCUGGGACUAUUUGGCUGUUAGCUAUUACCAUUUAGCCACCAUCACCAUGGGAUGUUUGGAAUCAAAAACAGAAGAACAGAUACAGAGCCCGGUGGAUUCAACAACGAAGGACAAAGAAAACCCUUCACAGUCAGAAACUCAGCUCAAACUAUCUCCAAAAAAAGAUAUAAAUCAAGCACGCUCACAUGAAGUGGAUGUUAGUCUGGAUGUGGACACAGCUCACCCUAAGCUGAAGAUAAAUGGGAAAUCACUACAGUGGACUAAUGAAUCACCACAGAGAAACAUUGACAUUGAGAACUGUUUUAAUGAAGAGCCUUUUGUGUUGGGCAAAAUGGGCCGUCCUUUGAAGACUUACUGGGAGGUGAAUGUGAAGGAGAAGGAUGACUGGGUGCUUGGCGUUGCCAAGACAACAGCUAACAGGAAGGGGCCGUUGGCUUUCAGUCCAACUAAUGGCUUCUGGGUAAUCAGACUUUCCAAUGGACAAAGACUUAAAGCCAUGGAGGAUGAAGAACACGUUCUUGACAAAGGUAUUCCAGAUAAAGUUGGUAUCUAUCUAGAUUAUCAGGAAAGGAAGGUGACUUUCUUUAAUGCAGAUGACGGUUCACUCAUCUACUCAUUUAUUGAUGGACCAAGUUAUCAGGAUGAUGUCCUGCCACUUUUCUCACCUGGGAACAAUGAUGCAAAACCAAUCACAAUUUUGCCCUUCACAGCAACAUAGAAAAACACAAAUGAUCGCAUUCCCUGUCUGUCAAUAGCUUGUCAUGGUUUAAAGCUAUGCAAAACAUUUUUUAUUAAGUAAUAUCCAGAAUUGUGGAUAACUUUCUAUGUUCAUUGGCUGUCAUGUAAUCAGGUAUCAACGUUGUGUCCAUAUUAUUUGUUAAUAUAUUAAUGCUCUGUCUUUCCGACUUGAAGAUUACUGACAUUAUGAUUUGACCUCGUAUUUGUCUGAGUUCCCUGUUGUCGUGAAAGCACUAUAAAACUCAUGGUACCCUUCGCCAGGCCAUAUCUGUGUGAAGCUUGACUCAAUGCUCUCAUCUGCUUUAAAACCAAAUAUCGAUCCAGGUUGGAUGUGACAGCAGAGAUGAGUUGCGCACUGUCGACAACCCCCUCUGACUUUGAGAAGCUCCAACACGACAUGCAUAAAGCACAACCAUCUCAUUAGUGCCGGUGAGAUAAGACACAUCAUGUCCAGUGGGGACCCUUUGUUCAGGGCAGGUGGGGCAGAAGCCACGACAGGUGAUCCACCACCUAUUUUUUGGGGGUCUGUUUUGCAUGUUAUUUUAAUACAGGUAACAUAUCAGUUUGUAAACAAUGUAUGUUGUGUUAGUAGCCCAUGUGCUUCACCAUAAUAAUUUGCUCCCUUUUCCCCUCAUAACUUAGCCUACUGUUCUGACUUAGUGGUGCACAUUCAGCCUAUAGCCUGUUUUAGAGAAAGGUUACCAUCAAAUAUUGUAAGAGCUUUCAUUGUCUGCUUAUAGACCACACAUAUGAAUGGGUUGUCAGAGAGAACACUGUAAGAACGGCCCAUGUUCUCAAUUCUGUCGCAGUACAUUUCAAAAGUGCUGAACAAAUAGUUAUAUUGACUACGUCAGUCCGAGCUCGCUCAUUAAUGUCUUGAUCAAUGUUAUGGAUUGCCUCUUAUCCGCUCAUUGUCCCCUUAUGCAAUAGUUUGCACAUCUCAAUUGCAAGAAGACACCACAUCUGUUUAGCAAGUCAGCCAUAUCAGCUAUGCUUUUUUAAAAGGCAGUAAAUGAGGCUGAAUGAACUGUUUCGCUACCAGACAAGGCUCUGCUGAUAGCCAGGUGUAGCAGUGGUAAGGUGUUGGGACUGCUGUUGGAACUCUGCUGUUGGGACAGCUUUAUGUAGGCCCUAACAGUUGUGUGUGCAGUUUGUCACUGUUAUAUUGCAAUUCAUGGAUGGUUUAUUGUUAUGUUGUGUAGUGGCUUUUCUGGCAUGCAUAAAUCAAAAGUAAAAAAAUGCCACACCAAUAUUUACAUGCUAAAAUUGCCACUGAUCAUGUCAGUCUAAUUUGCAAUUCACUGACAUAGCCCCACAUUAAAAAUAUGUGGGGGUGAGUUGAGAAAAUCAGAAAUCAGAAAUACUUUUAGAAUGUUUUUCAAUUGACUGCCACAGCACCAAAUAAAAAAAAGUAUGAAUGGCAUUUAAAAAACAAACAUUUUUGGGGUUAAUUUGAAUUGUUUUAGGCGAUAAUUUUCAAAUAUCAAAAUGGGGUCGUGGGACAAAAAGGUUUGCGGAUCACUGGCAUUGAGUAUAUAUUUGGCUUGCAGUAACUAAACUGGCCAUGGGGAGGGGCAGCUUUCCUAUAAAGUACUGUAAUGAGGAAGUAAAUAAGAUACAGAAGUCUUGAUAAAACCUUGACCCUCCCUGUUUCCCUACGUGAUUCUUGCUGGAAGGUUCAACUGACGGGUUAUACAUUAACCAAAGGAGCUGGGGCAUGCUGUUUCAUUAUCAAAUCUUUCUGUUUUCAUAAGUAUGGCUACUCAAUAGCCUUUAGCAUUAGCAAUUUGGUAAAUGGGAAGUUGGAAUGAAAAAUAUUUGAGACUAUAGGUGGUACAUAUACAACAAAACAGGCCAUUCAUAUAUACACAAGGUGCCGUGGCUGAGUAUUGGAGAAGGACAAGACACAGCGUUGUUCUGGGACUAUUUGGCUGUUAGCUAUUACCAUUUAGCCACCAUCACCAUGGGAUGUUGUGGCUCAAAAACAGAACAGAUAGAGAGCACCGUGGAUUCAACAAAUAAGGGUUAUGACUCAACUGCAGAGCAAGAAAACCCUUUACAGACAGAUACUCAUGUCAAACUAUCUCCUAAGAAAGAUGCAUCAGCAAGAUCCAUCAAGAAGACUGCAAAGUUGGAUAUAAAUCAAGCACGCUCACAUGAAGUGGAUGUUAGUCUGGAUGUGGACACAGCUCACCCUAAGCUGAAGAUACAUGGGAAAUCACUACAGUGGACUAAUGAAUCACCACAGAGAAACAUUAACAUUGAGAAGUGUUUUGAUGAAGAGCCUUUUGUGUUGGGCAAUAUGGGCCGCGCACGGAAGAGUUACUGGGAGGUGAAUGUGAAGGAGAAGGAUGACUGGGUGCUUGGCGUUGCCAAGGCAACGGCUCACAGGAAGGGGCCGCUGGUUUUCAGACCAACAGGUGGCUUCUGGGUAAUCAGACUUUCCAAUGGGCAAAGACUUAAAGCAAUGGAGGAUGAAGAACACAUUCUUGAGAAAGGUAUUCCAGAUAAAGUUGGUAUCUAUCUAGAUUAUCAGGAAAGGAAGGUGACUUUCUUUAAUGCAGAUGACGGUUCACUCAUCUACUCAUUUAUUGAUGGACCAAGUUAUCAGGAUGAUGUCCUGCCACUUUUCUCACCCUGGAACAACGAUGCAAAACCAAUUGCAAUUUUGUCCAUCACAGCAACAUAGAAAAACACAAUUGAUCAUAUUCCCUGUCUGUCAAUAGCUUGUCAUGGUAUCAAGCUAUGUUAAUAUUUUUGAUUAAGUAAUUUGUAUGAUCCUUUGCUGUCAUCUAACCAGGCAUCUACGUUGUGUUCCAUUAUUUGUAUUAAUAUAUUAGUCGUUCAUUAUUUCAAUAGAUUUUUGUGUAUGAAAUUAAACAAUCAUUUUGUUUUAAAAUAUUAAAUGUUGAUUUGUGAAAAAUACAAGAUCUUAUUUGGUAUCUGGAUGUAGAUCUAUUGAUGACCAGGAUUGAGAAAAACAACGACCUUCUAUUGGCUUGUAUGUAGUUGUUUUGACAACUUUGGUAAUCAUCCAUCACGUAAAACUUUGCUUAUAUUUACAAUGACCAGGCAUGAGAGCUGGAUUGCCAGAGUUUUGACACAAUAUAUUGACCCUGUAAAGCCUGAAGUUAGUUGUUCAGUGUAACAUCUAGGUGGACCGUCUUUUCAUUACAGACAUUUCUAACAUGCUAGUUCAAUUAGUGUGUGAUAUAAAGUGAUUCUAUGAUUUGUUUUUAAAAGAACUAUGACUGUAUGAUAUGAACAUGAAAAAACACCAAUAUGACAAAUGAGUUUGACAAAACUGAAUACAUUAGUCCAUACAUCUCUGUAACAAGGGAUAUUUACUAACUUUACAGUAUUGAGUAUAUAUAGAAUCAAUAUAGAGAUUUUAGUAGAGUUUUACAGUUACAUCUAAAACAUUAGAAAACAUUAGACAAAAAAAAGGGCAAAACAUUCCAUCUCACAUCGCUCGGGAUAAUUUUCUGUGAAAUAAAAUAAGUAAAAGAUUGAAGUAACUCAAUCUUGACAGUUGAUAAUUACUAAAGCUAAAUAAAUACUCAAACAAUGGAAGAUAAUCCGCCUUGCACUCUACCCAUCAGUUAUUUUCCCCAUGGUUAAAUAAAACCACAUAUUGUUUUGUGUUUUUUAAGAGUACUAAUAAAACCACAGAGUUUGGGGGUAUUAGAGUACCAAUAAAACCACAGAGUUUGGGGGUAUUAGAGUACUAAUUAAACCACAGAGCGUGGGGGUAUUAGAGUACUAAUUAGACCACAGAUAGUUUGGGGGUAUUAGAGUACUAAUAAAACCACAGAGAGUUUGGGGGUUUUAGAGUAACUAAUAAAACCACAGAGAGUUUGGGGGUUUUAGAGUAACUAAUAAAGUCACACACACAUGCAGUUGUAACAAAAGACUGAACAAACAAUGCUAUGGCCUUGCCUAUCAACUGCAAUCUUUUACAGGUUCACUUCUCAGCAUGAGGAGUGUAUCGCUUGUCAGAUGGGUGAGAUAUUGAGUUCCUCUUUGCAACCUAACAAUGGGCCAAAGAAUGGAUAGAGUUUCUUAGUAAAUGUAAAAGUGAAAGAGUGGAUGUGGCAUUUCUUCUCAACAUUGAAAAAUACUAUCCACUAACACUCCCAGCUUCAGAGAUUUCAGUUCAGCGGGAAGUACAGUAGGAGACUGAUUUCAAUACUUUGUUUUCCAAACGUAUGCUCCAGUAGCUAUUCUCUGGAAUCAUUUGGAUGUUUGAACCUUUGUUCUCUGGAUCCUGUGACUCAAACACUGUACUGAGUCUUCUCUCCCAUGUAAAUGUUUUGUUUGUAAUGUUUUGUCUGCUGAGAGAGAUGUCCUCACAUAAACGCUUGGUUUGCUUUCGCUGUAAAGCUUUUUUGAAAUCUGAUAUGCCAAGUGGAUUAACAACA